UCCAGGUGUUAUACCAGAUUCCGUUUACCGUUGCCAGGGAGUAGAUCUCAAUCGCAAUUUCAACGGAUACGACAGCUGGAAACAUGAGUCAUCAUGCGGCGACACAUACGCAGGGACUGAAGCAUUCUCAGAGCCGGAGACUCAAGCUUUGAGGGCGCAUAUUGAGAACAUUAAGACCCGCCACGUGCUUGGAGGUGCUAUUGAUUUACACGCUUACGCACAGUGGAUAAUGUACCCUCCUGGGUACGCAUUCAGUUCUCCGUUAUCUCCAAACGAUGGUGAACUGCGUGAAACCGGUCUCGAGAUGCAGCGACGUAUAUUAGCGACACAUAGCGGACGACGAUAUUCUGUAACAACUGCUACUGACUUCUAUCCGGCAACUGGUGCGAUGGACGAUUGGAUGUAUGAUAAAGCCACCGUCAGCGUGCCCACAAAUAGCAGCGAUAGUGGCGAUCAGCAUGGCCUGGUUUUCACAGUAGAACUGGCGCCGAAUGAUGCAUCUGCCAACGGCAAUGGCUUCAUAGUUGAACCCACUCAGAUCGUGCCAACUGGUUGGGAGGUCUGGAAUGUCCUGCGAGUAUUGAUCCAGCAAACUGAAAAGUAUAGUGAUGCGGAAACUAUGAACAGAACCGUUCUUGUUGCUAAUGAAGAUACAAUCCUGUAUGAUAGUCCGAAUGUCACCAACGCAGGCGCAACUGCAGUAAGCGCUGGAUCAGAGAUCAUUGCUAUAAGGGGGUCCUUUGAUCAAGAGGGGGCACUGCAAUCAAUGCAAACACUGAACGGAUCGUAUCAAUACUUCGAUAUAGACCAUUUUACAAUCAAUUCUGGCGUGUAAUUUGACCGGACUGGGGCCACUGGAAGGUAAUAUAAGAGAGGGACAUGCAGGUCCCAUUGGUUGUGCCAAGCUUAGUCAGAGUUUGGGUGACUAAGCUUUUCAAUAAAGAACGAUGAUUAACGAGCUAUGUCGAAC